GAGAGAGAGAGAGGGGGGGAGGAGGAAGAUGAAGUAUGUGUUGGUGACGGGGGGAGUGGUGAGUGGAUUGGGGAAGGGAGUCACGGCGAGUAGUAUAGGCGUUGUUCUCAAAGCAUGCGGGCUGCGGGUUACUUCGAUAAAGAUUGAUCCAUAUCUUAAUACCGAUGCUGGAACGAUGUCUCCCUUUGAGCAUGGGGAGGUGUUUGUUUUGGACGACGGUGGAGAGGUCGACUUGGAUCUUGGAAAUUAUGAACGGUUUCUAGAUAUCAAACUUACUCGAGAUAACAAUAUCACCACUGGAAAGAUCUACCAGUCUGUAAUCCAUAAGGAGAGGAAGGGAGACUAUUUGGGGAAAACAGUCCAGGUUGUGCCACACAUUACAGAUGCUAUACAAGAGUGGAUUGAGCGUGUAGCACAUAUUCCUGUAGAUGGCAAAGAAGGACCACCUGAUGUUUGUGUUAUAGAACUGGGUGGAACUAUAGGAGCCACGUUCUUUUCGCGGCAUAACGACAGUGGCAUGUUUGAUGCAGGGGAUAUUGAGUCGAUGCCAUUUAUCGAAGCUCUUGGUCAGUUCUCAUAUCGUGUAGGUCCUGGUAACUUCUGUCUUGUUCAUGUCAGUCUUGUUCCAGUUUUAAAUGUAGUUGGUGAACAGAAAACUAAGCCAACCCAACACAGUGUUAGGGGACUAAGAGGACUAGGGCUAACACCAAAUAUCCUAGCAUGCCGCAGUUCUAAGGCGCUGGAUGAAAGUGUAAAAGAAAAACUCUCACAAUUUUGCCAUGUUCCGGCAUCAAAUAUUGUCACUCUUUAUGAUGUUACAAACAUCUGGCGUAUUCCCUUACUAUUAAGGGACCAAAAGGCACAUGAAGCUAUUCUGAAAGUACUGAACCUUCGAAGCGAUCCAAGAGUGAGUUGUAAACCAAUGCUGGAUGAAUGGACUGACCGAGCAACAACUUGUGAUGAACUGCAGGAUCCUGUCAGGAUUGCAAUGGUUGGAAAGUAUACUGGUCUUUCUGAUUCUUAUCUCUCUGUAUUGAAGGCGCUUUUGCAUGCAUCUGUCGUUUGCCGUAGGAAACUUGUGGUGGAUUGGGUUCCUUCUUCUGAUCUUGAAGAUGCCACUGCUGAAGAGGCUCCUGAUGCAUAUAAAACUGCCUGGGAUCUACUAAAGGGUGCAGAUGGCAUACUCGUUCCAGGUGGUUUUGGUGACAGAGGGGUUCAAGGCAAAAUGCUGGCUGCUAAAUAUGCCCGUGAAAAUAAAGUUCCUUAUUUUGGUAUUUGUCUGGGCAUGCAAAUUGCUGUCAUUGAGUUUGCUCGCUCUGUUAUGAACUUGCGAGAUGCAAACAGUACGGAAUUUGAUCCUGAUACAAAUACGCCAUGUGUCAUUUUUAUGCCAGAGGGUUCAAAAACUCAUAUGGGUGGCACCAUGAGACUUGGAUCAAGGAGGACAUUUUUUCAGGCUAUUGACUGCAAAUCAGCUAAGCUGUAUGGCAAUGUUAGCUAUGUAGACGAACGACAUCGGCAUAGAUAUGAGGUGAAUCCUGAUAUGGUACCUGAAUUUGAAAGAGCAGGUCUCCUAUUUGUUGGUAAAGAUCAAAGUGGGAAGAGAAUGGAGAUUAUUGAACUCCCAAGCCACCCAUUCUUCGUUGGCGUCCAAUUUCAUCCGGAGUUCAAGUCAAGACCUGGAAAGCCUUCGGCACUUUUCUUAGGAUUGAUCGCUGCCUCAUCGAGACAAUUGGGUUCUCUCCUGCAAAACCUGAACCAUAAUAGCAUUCCAAGUGCCAAACGUCUUUUAGGCAAUGGUUUGACCCCAAAAAUAUACUCAAAUGGGCAUUCGAAGAAGCUGACUAAAACCCUUGUUAACGGAAAUGGAAACUGCUAUGCCAAUGGCAAUGGUGUGCACUAUUAAAAGGAAAUCCGACAAUCUACCUGAGUUUGUGCUUUUACUUUUUGUGUCAGUUUGGUUCUCCAGGAUCAGACUCCUCUUUCCUGCGAAAUAUGAGAGAGAGAGAAGUUGCUAGAGCUUUGGAGUGUUUGCUACAUUGCUGCUUGUUCCAGGUUUUAUCGAGGAACGGCGUUUUAUCUCUUGAAAGUGAGGUUGGGGUUUUAGCGUGCGCUUCUUCUAUGUUUUGGUUGCUUUUUAGGCUGAAAGAAUUUUCGCUUUCUUGGACUGGACUUUCCCUGUCUCUCUCCUGUAUAUUGAGAAAUAACUUAUUUUGUUAACUAAAUAUAUGAUGCAUGUUACAGCUUCAUAACUCCUCAGAGUGAUUAUGAUAUUGAGUUUUUAUUAA